AAACGACGUCAUUUCGCCGUUUUACACACGUCCGGAUCAAUGAGAGCGAGCGAGCGAGCGUGCAUGCGCGAGCGCGCGUCGCUCUUCCAGGAAGGGAUUAUUUACGUGCGCGCCGCCGACACGUGAAAGGGAAACACACGACAAGACAAAAGAAGUUUGUCUUUUUUUUUUUGGGGGGGGGGGGAUUUCUUCCACGCCGAGCAAUGGAGCGGCGAGGUGGAUAGAAGAAGAAGAAGCAGCAGCAGCAGCCGGGCUUGCGUGACGAGAACUUGUCCACGCCACCCACGACAUAUAGGGAGAAGAAACGUGCUUUUUGGGGGGGAAAAAGAGGGAGAAGAGGAGAAGUUGACGGGAGAUCAUGUCUGAAUCCCCAUCGGCUGCAACCAAGCAGGAGAGGCGCUCUUUCAGUCCUUCCGCGAACCCGCUGCCAAACUCCACUUCCUCCCCCAUCCAUGCUCCCGCCGCCAGGCCAGCCAGCCGAAUGGAGGACAAGCCCGCCCGGCUGCCCGCACACCUGCGUUUGCAGCCGAUGUUCUGGAGCAGAGAGGACGUGGCCCAGUGGCUGCGAUGGGCUGAGAAGGAGUUUGCGCUGCGGCCAAUCACGAGCGGCUCCUUCCAGAUGAACGGAAAAGCCCUGUUGCUGCUCACCAAGGAGGACUUCCGCUACCGCUCGCCUCACUCUGGAGAUGUCUUAUAUGAGCUGCUGCAGCACACCCUGAAGCAGAGGAAGCCCCACGUGUUUUACCCCUCAGGCUACUUUCCUGGAAACUCCUUCCACCAACUGCCCGAGAGCUCCGCGCAGCACCUGAAGCUCGAAGAAACGGUACGACGGGCACCAUGUGCGACAGAGCCCCUCCCCCAGCACCCACCGACCAUUGAGCUGCGACACCGCUCCCGCUCACCCCACAAUCCGGCGCCACGACAAACCAAACCCGAGCCAAACCAUCAACAGACCGCCGCCGAGGAGCACCUCCAGGCCUUUUCCCAGCUGCCAGACAGCAACCACCACUUGCCCGAGGACGUGUACCCUCUGCCCAUUUCCCCGAGCGCCCCGAACGGCCGCUGCGUGACCCCAAGAGAGGCGCCGUGUCCGGGCAGCCCGGUAGGCCAGGAGGCGGGCCCUCCUCGCAUCAUCCAGCUCAUGCCCAGCGCCAUCAUGAACCCUCUGUCCGCCUUGGACUUCAGGCACAACUGCGGCGGGCAUCUGGAGAACGGCCGCGAGGGGAAGGUCCACUCUCAUCAGAUGACGGCGGCCCAGCAGCAGAGGCCGCAUCAUCUUCUACAUCAGCAGGAGGAGGCCCUCUACAGGAACAUCAUCAUGCCCGUGUAUCCUCCAGAGGAGCAGCAAAUGCCCAUGGGGCGGAUAGCAGACUGCAGGCUACUGUGGGACUACGUCUACCAGCUCCUGUCAGACAGCCGGUACGAGAACUACAUCCGCUGGGAGGACCCAGAGAGCAAAGUCUUUCGCAUCAUGGACCCAAAUGGUCUGGCCAGGCUGUGGGGCAACCACAAGAACAGGACCAACAUGACAUAUGAGAAGAUGUCACGAGCACUGAGACACUACUACAAACUGAACAUUAUCAGGAAAGAGCCAGGACAAAGACUUUUAUUCAGGUUCAUGAAGACACCAGACGAGAUCAUGAACGGUCAGACGGACCGCCUGGAGCACCUGGAGUCCGACACAUACGAACAAAUUUACAUCAAAGAGGAGUGCUGAGGAACUCUGGGAAACAGAGUCCGUGAACUUUUUACUACUGCAGCAGCCGCCGAUGCCUUUUAGAAGCAGCUUGAACAAUCGUCUAAGGUCUCGGGCAUUUGCUAUUGUCAGCCCCCAUAGCAGAUAUUAAAUAUUUGGAAAAAAUGCCUUUGGAUAAUUUACUGUAGUUUUAUUUGGCCUCAUGGAUAGCGCUGAAUUUAUUAUUGUGUCCUUAUUUGUGUUUCUAAUGAACUGCAAAAGCAAGCCAAUCACUUUGUGCUUUUUAUUUGACUUUAUUUGCCAUAUUCACAUGCAUUAUACUGUGGCGUUGUGUGUGUGUGUGUGUGUGUGUGCGUGUGUGUGAGUGUGCAGGAUGAUUUGACUCUGGAGUAAACAUUUUGGAUCAAA